AAAAACGUCCACAUUUUGAAUAUUUUACCACAAAUGCACUAUGUUUCCAUUUUCCUUUUGGCAUACACUUUUUUGUUGGAAGUAGUAAGCGGGGGACCAGGAUCACCACAAUUUAAGGAUACUUCCGUUUUAUCUUCCUUUCAUCGUGAACGCAGAUGGUUAAUUGAAAAGGUACGUCCAUUAAACAUAACAACGUCCUCGGACAGCUUGAGGUACAACAAAUAUGUGCAGCUUUGGAAAAUUAGACAGUCCCUUGCAGCCGCUAGGCACACUUCCUCUAAAACCUUCGUUAAAAGAUCCUCAGACCGGGACUACCUGGAUAGGAUUGCGUCAUUCAUCAAGGAGAAGGAAGAUGCAUCGUUAAGACCAGCUGGUUCAGCAAAAGUGGUUUUCUUACUAGAUGGCUCAGGUAAAAUUGGCAAGAAGGAACUCAACUCGUACAGACUGUUUGUGAAAGAGGUGUAUGAAAACUUAAACAUUCCUACGAGAGGAAUCACUUUUGGGCUUCUAGAAUGUGGCAGUAGACACUACACCCAGAGAAAUAUCCUUCCUAGAAAUAUUCAAAGUUCCAAAGUACUUGACCUCACACUCGACAAGCUUGUCCCCGUGAGUGGAAGUUGCGAGUUGGGAAAAUCUCUCCAAAUCUUAAACAAAAAUGUUUUUGUGAAAAUGCCAAAUGGUUCUCCAAAAGCCGUGGUCGUGGUCAUGGCUGGAAAAUCGGUGGAUGAAGUUCAUAACGCGGCAAAAGAACUACGCAGAAUAGGUGUGCGAGUCGUGGCCAUAGGUGUAGGUGGUCAAGCAGAUAUGAAGCAGUUGGCAACCAUUACUGAUUCUCCAUUCUACGCUUUCAAGGUUCCGGUUGUCCAGUAUUUGCCUGCAAUGUCCGGUACAGUGGUUGGAUUUUUAAAUGAAGUGACCGACUCCAGGGUGCUCAGUGCAAAUUUAACUGUUCCUGAUCCGUCCGCUAUUCAAAAGGAGAAACAUAGUGGCUACUAUGAUGAAGAAAAGUCCACAGAUGCCAACGAGAUCGAAGAAGCUCCCUACACAGAUAACGACUUGUUGCAAGGUCUUCCACCGAUUCUUGACCAAUUAGAUGGGGAUAAAUCAGCGAUAGAUUCUUGGAUCUCCGCCUUGGGAGGUGAGAGUAGGCAAUAUGAUGCCUCAUCCUCGGACUCAAAUGUUCAUCCUUCUCAAAGGCCACCAACCACAGGAAAUUUCGGCACGCAUCCCACACACCAUACCUAUAAUAUAGGACCACCUCACGCAGCCGCCCUGCUAAAUGAUUGGAAUGAUGAAGGAUUUACAUUGAAUCCGACGUCAGAUGCAGAAAAUCCGCUCUAUAGUGUCAAUAGCAUUAAUGAUAGCCCACAUUAUGUGCUCCAAGACUCUGCAUCAAUAACUCAAGUUCCUGUGAACCCAUUACCAAAUAAUAAUGGGUCGGAAGGACAGGUAUCGCCUGGUCAAACUGGUGGAAAGGUCACUACUCAAGGAUCUGGCACUAAUGGUGCAAUGAGUCCGUCUACUGCUUCUACAAAUGGAUCGGUACAAGGUGGUGUUAGCCAGGGACAAGGAACAACAGCCGGUAGCAAUGGGGCAGCCAGCCCUCCUAUAGCAGGUAAUCCUAUUCCGGUGGGUGAAAACCAAGGAAACGGUAUCCCCUCCGAGGCAUCACCUAGCAGUAACGGGGUAGGCAGCCCUGGUACCUCAGAAAAUCCAAAUCAGAAGGGUGGAGGCCAGGCGAAUGGAGUAUCAGGAGGAGCCCCAGCUGCUUCCAGUAGCGCAGUCAGUCCGGGUACCGCAGCCAAUCCAAAUAAGGCGGGUGGCAACCAAGUCUCAGGAUCAGUUCCCCAAACAACAACAGGCAGUGUGGCGAAUCCUAAUAGUUCAGGCUCAAGUACCAACUCUGGACCAGGAGGAGGAGGAGGAACUUCUGGUGGUGUUUCCAGUCCACUAGGUCCGGUGCCGGUAAUUCAAGCCCCAUUGUUAUCUAUACCAGUCCUUCCAAUUCAGACCAUUCCGAUCCAAGCACUUCCAUCUAUACAGACAGCAGGAUCAGAAAAUUUCCAAAAACCUAAGCCUCAGACCGCAAAUAAUACAAACCAGCGUGAAAGCAACGGAGAAACCGGUCAGACUCCUACCCCAACAACUAGUAGCGCAGUUGCAGCUCCAAACAAAGGCAACCAGGUGGGUAAUAACGAGAAAGGGCCAGGGGAGCUCCGUAAACCGUCAACGUCUCCAGGAAACCAAAAUUCCUCGGGUACUACCACCUCUAAACCAGAACAAGCAGGAAAUGGUAGCAACCAAGCACUCAAUCCUUCAAAGCCAACACCUACGAAUAAAAGCUCAGCAAAACAGGAACCUACGAGUGCACCGGCAGAAACUUCAGCUAAAUCAGGAACUUCUGAAAAUCCAGAACCCACCACUCCUCUAGCGGGUACAUCUAAUAAAGAAAUCAGCUCCGGAAAAACUCAUAGUUCGAAAAACAAACCAACUUCCACGACCGCUAUUAAGGGUGGUGCCCCCGAUAGCAACUCUUCGCAUAAAAAACCAAGCAUUAAAGAAGGCAGUCAGUCACAUCAACAACAACCGAUCGUUUUAUGCCAAAUAGUUUGUGGCCCUGGCUGUUGUCCACUUAUAUCAAAAACAAAACCAACUGUGCCGACUACAAAAGAAACAACCACUCUAAAGCCGAAGAAAACAACAAAACCAACAAAAGAGGCUGUGCCGGAGGUGUUGGCAGGUCCACCUGUACCUAUACACUAUACCCAGAGACCAGGGUGGUUCCCUCAGAAUCCUGCUCCCUUGCCCAUUCCUCCCAACUCCCUGCCUCUUGGAACUGAUCCUGGAGCAGGGUCAAUAAAUCCUCGACUGGAAAUGUAUAUGAAUCUCCCACCUGCAACAAGUGCUCCUAAAAUCAGCUCAUUUCCCAAAAACAAUCAUGACAUAUUUGCUGGUCAUUGCGAAGAUUACCACCCUGACUGUCCUUCUUUUCUUAUGAGUGGCCUUUGUGAUCAGCCCAAUCCUUUUCUAGAGGUAUUUAAUGUUCGUGAGGUUUGUAUGCGUUCGUGCGGUGUCUGCAACAGCUUCGUGAAACAUGGACAGAAAGAUACCUUCGGCUUGCACAAAAAAGAAAAGAAGCCAGAGGAUAUUGGAUUUCCAGAGUACAGCAAAAAGUUUCUUUGAAGUAACGUGUGAGAAAUUCAGAUGUCUCAAGAGCUGCUUCGAUAACCGUUGAAUUUAUUUUGAAAGAAAAGCAUGUCUAUUAUAUAUAAAAUUGGCUUAUGUCA